AUCCUAUGCUUUCUCUUUAUCCGGCCAUGCUCCAGUUGUCCCUCCCUCUCUAAAGCUACACAUGGUUUCUGUCUAAGGAGCUUUAGCUUUCUCAGGCUCUGGAUGGGAGAGGGAUGAUGCCAGAGAGCUGCAGGCAAAUACACAUGUGCAAAAGUUAGACGAGCUUUGAUCACCUUCCUUCAGCAUCGACCAAUUUUUCAGAAUAUUUCUAAUAAUCCAGAUAUUGCAUAGUUAUUUUUUUUCUAAAUUUUAACAAAGAUUGUUUUAUUCUUCACCACUUUGGAUGUGAAUGAACGUCUUUUGUGCAUGAUUUGCUUCUUUUUUUCAAAGUUGGAGGUGCUUUUUUUUUCUCGCUUUCUCUGGAAAUUUGGUCACCGCUGGAACGAUGCGCAUGAAUGACCCAUUGGUACACUGCUGACUACUUCUACUUUUUCUUUGCACUUGAUUUUGAGAAGAAAAAAAAAAUAGACUGCAACAAGUUAGCAACACUGCAGACGAUAUCUGGAGCCAGAAAUCAUGAAAGACAACUAUGGUGGAUAUGAGAACCAGCUUUUCAAAGAGGAGGACUUCACUGGAGAGGAGGAGGAAAUGCCUUCAUUUAGAGGUCGUAGUCGAGGUGGCUGCGUGCGCUGCCAGCAGAGCCAUUCUCUUCAACUGGCUGUGAAAAUCCUCUACGGAUUUGUUGCCUUCCUAAUCAUAACUGUUGCAGUGCUGGCUUCACUUGUGUUCAGGAAGAUGGACAGCCUCUCUGAAGAGGAAUCAGCUUACUACAAAAAGAUCACAAAGGUCCAGCAAGGAAUCGAGGAUGUGAGGGCCACAUCUAACUGUUCAGGCUGCCUGGAUGCAACUCUGUACAGUGAGGAGAUCAGUAAGCUGAAGAAAGAGUUUGAAGACAUUCAGAGAAUGAUAUUGGCACAGGAGCAGCACCUGGACCAAGCCUCCCAGACCCAGGCCACGCUAAAGGAUACAAGUAACCGGCUGACACGUGACAUCCAAAACCACCUUAUGUCGAUCAAAGUUCUCAAUCAGUCACUGGAAAGGUACCUGGAUCGGGUGGAGGGCUGGAAGGACGUGGUUGAAGAAACUCAGGAGAAGAUAAAAACACUGCUGGAGGAUUCGUUUGACAUCAAAGCUACAGCGCAUCAAGUUAACACAACAGUGGCACACAGUACACAGUGGAUAGAUGCCCUGCAGAGAAAAGCAGAUGAGGACACGUCUGUCCUCCAUAAAUUGACCAGUGACUGGCAGAACUACAGCCGGGUUCUGAGUGCUAUCAAGUCCAACACCAGCAGCACAAUGCAAACCAUCCGCUUCCUACAGAACAACAUCGUAGCAGAUCACCAAAGGAUGGCCAUAUCCACUGAGCUCUACUAUGAUCUCACUCACCAGGUGAUGAACUUACAGAUGCAGCUAGACAACGUGUCAACAUUCACGGAUGAACACGAGGAGAACAUGCAUGACCUUCACUACCAUUCAAGGUACUAUGAGAACCGGACGGGUGAGCGGUUCUCUGCCUUGGAUGGUCGCUUGAACUCUAUUGAGAUGGAGAUUGUCUCAAUCUCCUCCAGCAUCAAUGCUACUGUGAGCCAUGUCCAAAGCAUGUACAAGUACAUCAACACCGAGAGUUCGUCAUGCCAGACUCGCCUGGGCAGACACACCGAUGAACUGCAGAACUUGAACAACACAGUCUUGCUACUGCUGCACUUAGCUGACACUCUAAGGCAGCAGAACUUGUUGCUGAAUGUCCGACUAGACAUGGACGUCAGGAAUUUGUCUAUGGUGAUGGAGGAGAUGAAACUAGUGGAUGUUCACCAUACACAGCUAAUACAGAACUUCACUAUACUUAAAGGCGCUCCUGGACCCCCAGGACCCAAAGGGAACCGUGGUGAAAAUGGCCCAAAAGGACCCAUUGGGUUGACUGGCAGCAAAGGUGACCGAGGUCCUACAGGAAAUCGUGGACCUGCUGGACCUAAAGGUUCUCUUGGUCCCAAAGGAGUACCUGGUGAAAGAGGUCCUAGUGGCAGUAGAGGGCCACAAGGUAGCAAAGGAGAUAAGGGGUCCAUGGGUCCACCAGGCCCAAAAGGUGAGAGGGGCCAGAAAGGUGAUAUGGGUCCCCCUGGUAAAGAUGGUCUCCCAGGACCUCCAGGGUCUCCAGGGAUCCAGGGCCAGGCCGGAAUACCUGGCAUUACCGGGCCAAUAGGACCCAAGGGAAAACAGGGGCCAGUAGGGCCGCAUGGACCACCAGGAGCCUCUGGACCUCCAGGCUUGCCGUGCAGCCAUGACCGAAUCAACAACCCCAGACAAGGGACUGUGGCGCCUGCUGCUGGUUCCAAGAGACAGUAGAAAGAAACAUGGAGUCAGAUGUAAUUUGUCUCGUACGAAGAAGUUGAAGGGGUCAUGGUCCAAUGCCCAAUUACCAAUUUCUAUGAAACUGAGGAGGACAAUGAAGAACUUAAUGAACAAGUGCAUCAAAUCAAAUUUAACAUGGGGGAGUUAAAAAGGGUUUUCCUGAUCCUUUGCUGAACUAAAAAGAAAGGCCUAAAACUACGACAGAACUGCUAUUACAAACUGAACUGUUGGUGAGAAGUCAAAAUGACCAAGCCUAAAAGCUGACAGUGUUUGGAAAGACUUUUUGGAAGUGGUCUUCAUAUGACUGAUGGGGUCUCUUACAGUGGAAAUUAUACAACAAUAACAAAUUACUUUACGGGACAAAAUAAAAAGCUAGAUCACAAAAUCAGUAGGAAUAUAAAAAAAAGAAAAAGAAAAACAUCCAUUACUGAAUAUGAAGUCUUGCCUGUUUAAUGUAGCAGAAGCAAAGAAUGUGUUUGAGGUUGUUGUCAAGCCGCUAAAACCCCUUGGGGCAUAAUAAAUGGAAGGGUUGUUAACCACAGAUUUGGACUUAAGUAGUGGUGUUUUCCAUCCAGACUAGCCAAAGGUUUACAUCGUCAUUCACUACUCUAUGGAAAAAUAUCCACUUGUUCUGACAUUAUGUACACAUUGCUGACAUAACCUUGCCAAUGGGGGGCACUGUUAUUAAAGUGUCACAAUUAAAACCGAAAUCAGAUUUCAUUGGAGGUUCAGAGCGGGUACUCUGAGAACUUUUUUUUCUUUUAGUGGGUUCAAAGGUGAUGAAUUGUUUUGUUGUGGGUUUAUUUUUCAUGUGAAUGUCUCUUACAUGCAGUGAUUAGUUUUUUUGUGGUAAAGUUGUUAGUUGAAAAUAGUAAAAAUGAAAUCUAAAAACAACUGCUGCUGACAUUAGAGAUCAUAAUUUUUUAUAAUUCUUAGUGUAAGAUAGGAAGCUUGAUAUCACUCCUAUGUCUUGGCAUGGAGCUUAAAGUGGUGAUAAAUCUAGUUAAGCAUAAAGACUGGAGACAUGGAGGAAGGCUAGCUCAUGUCUUUGCGAGAUACAAUAUGAAAAAAACAGAUUCAGAUGUAUUUUUUGAUCUUUGGAGUAGUAGAGUUGAGCCGAACUGAGUUGUUACUAGUGCGAAAGAAGCACAAGUGCAUAACCUCGUAUAUCCUGACAGUGAGAGAGCUUUAUUUUUCUCACAUCUAGAAAGAAAGCAAAUAAGCUCAUUUCACAUUAUGCGCUACUAAUAUUUUAAGACGUAUGAUGCCUGACAGGUCACAGAAUUCAAGAAGUUUAUGUAAAUUUAUCAAGUAUUAAAAAUAAAAACACCAAAAUUAGGGAUAUUUUUUCUUUACACUUUGAUAAUAGAUGUUAUGUUUUUUUAAUGGUGUUUGGGUCUUAAGAAACACAAAUAAUCACUGAUAUGUCAAAGUGAAAGUUUAACAAAACGAAUAUCAUAAAACGUCUGUAAAUCUGGAUGAUGUAAUGAAAUGCGACUGGCUUGCAUUGAACUUCAAUAAAUACUUAUUGUAGAGUUUG